UAUCCUUAUUAGAAUAAUGAUUAAAUCAAUUUUAAUUACCGGCUGUAAUCGGGGACUGGGACUCGGUUUAGUGAAACAUUUGUUGAGCAUUCCAAAUCCACCUGACAAGCUAAUAGCGACUUGCAGAAAUUUAGAAAAAGCCAAGGAUGUUCAGCUUUUACAAUUGCAACCGUUAAAGUUAAAUUUGAAUUCAGAUGUUACAGAUUUUAAUUCCUACGACGAUUUUAAGCUUAAACUUGAAAAUAUUCUGAAAGACGAUGGCUUAAACGUUCUUUUCAACAAUGCCGGUACUUCUCCCAAGUCGACAAAAUUACAUUUGGUGAAACCGUCACAACUUGUGGACACUUUUGUGACGAACACCGUGGCACCAAUAAUGUUAACAAAGACUUUAGUCCCAUUAUUGAAAACUGCAGCUCAAAAAAAUAGUGACAAACCCAUCGGUAGUCAAAGGGCAGCUAUUAUAAAUAUGUCUUCUAUAUUAGGAUCAAUUUCAGAAAACAAUACAGAGGGCCUGUACCCUUACAAAUGUUCCAAGGCUGCUCUUAACAUGGCUACAAAGACUUUAUCAAACGAAUUAAAGAAUGAUAACAUAGUGGCGACCAGUAUUCACCCAGGAUGGGUAAAAACAGACAUGGGUGGACCCAAAGCACCCUUAGAUGUUGAUACAAGCGUUAAAGGCAUCGUUGAUCUUAUUCUGACCCUCAGUAGUGACCACAAUGGGGGGUAUUUUCAAUACAAUGGUAAGGCAUUACCAUGGUAAAAAAAUAAAGUAUUAAUUAAGUAUAAAUACAAUUCU